ACCGUAUUUUUUAAUACCGCCGACAGUCGGACGACGAGUUGAAUCGCAAAAAACGCAUCGCAACCGGAAGGAAAUUAUCGUCUAAUAAGUUGAGCACAAUAAAUUCGAAAAGAAGGGAGCAGGAGAAGGAGAAGGAGAGCUGGGGUUAUACUCGUAUAUCCCCCCGAUUAACGCGCCCUGUGCAUGAGAUCGUUAAGCGAAUUAAGUCGAACGAUAGCCCGUAGCCCAAUAUCUCGACCAGCCCAUCAAAUUGCGUGUUUCAAAUCAAAAUUGCAUAAUCUGAACGAAGAGGCCGGCAACGAGUUCUUUACUCUUCGCCAGCCAAGGAGAUCGCGAUUACAGCCGCUGGAUAUCUUUCGCGUAAUCGCAGUAGCUCCGUCGCAUCCUUUGACUUGGCCACGUUCUAUGGCUGCGGAUCUUAUCGCUGCUUGGCCAUCUGAAGUUUCAGUUGCAGUUGGCAGUAGUAGAUGCAGUUGCUGUUGUGGCUGCCGUUGCUAUUGCGGUUUAUAGUGAGCCGCGCGUGCGUUCGCCUUUUGGCCCGCCUCGUAAUUAAUUACAAACGCAGUCGCGCGAUCCCCACUACCCCCGGUUUGGACUACAGGGGAAAACCCCAACGAUCCUGCCUAUUUACGCGCCCAAAUCUUGAUUUCCUAGUCCAGCUUUCUGGGCGCUUGCGUGCUCUGUUGUCGCCGACUUGCUUCCGAAUCGACGACAUCUGAUUGCCUUUUUAUAGCUGCUUUUGCGACAACUUCAUUCAAUUCAAGAUACAAUAAAAGUAAAUGGAACAAGACUGAUUUGAUCUUUCAAACAAAUCAAUCAAGCAGCAAAAUAAGUAAACAAAGUACAAAGUGAACAAAAUGUGCCAAUUAAUUAAAUUAACAAAAAAGUGAUCGUUCACCAAACAAAUGGAGUCUCGGCUAAUAAGUUUGAUUUUCAGUUUUUUGUUUUCCGCAUAUUUUCUUUUAUUUUCGUACCGAUCGACGUGCAACGCGCAAAACCACAAAAAUGUUGCUGACAAUGCGGCGUCAAAAUGAACUGAUUGUAGGCAGCCAACAGCAUCCUUCAGCCACUUCGUCCGGAUCCCCGUCAGCUGGAGCCACCACUUCACCAGGAUUAUCCGGACAAAAUCUCACUCUAGUACCAGAAGAAGCAGGAACUAUUCCCGGGUCUGCCACUUCACAGGAUUCCUUAAAUACACCCACAACUCCUUUGCUGGGACUCAGUCGCAAUCCACUCCAGUUUGCACCACCACCCGCACCACCCAUUGCGGUGCCCAGUGCUCCAGCAUCCGGACCCACUUUCGGCUAUUAUCAGACUGCGAAUGCUGCACCACCACUUCACCACCCGUCGACGGCCACCUCUGAAGUUACUUCAGCACCACAGCCGUCAGUGGAACUGGAUGAGUACGUAGACAUACUGCAGGUUCAACAACUACUAUUGGACUCAUCGGCGGCAGCAGCCGCGGCAGCGAAUAAUCCUUCGACAACCGAACCAUCCGUUCAACAGCCACAACAAAAUACUGCAGUGCAACCACAUCAGCAUCAACAUCAGCAGCAGCAGCAGCAGCAGCAGCAACUACAGCAGCAGCCACAACAAAUUCUUGCCAAGCCGCGACCGCGAAUUAAUCUGCAAAAGGCCACCGAGUAUGCUGCUCAACUAGUUCAGGCCGAGUCCUCCUCGCCCGGCUCGCGUCGUGUCCUGCUCGAUUACCCGAGUCCCUACUUGUACGGCAAUCCCUAUCACCACCAUACGCCGCCAGGUGAGGACCUAGUCGCCCUCUGGUUCGGCAGCAAUGGCUCAGGCGGCGUAGCCCCUGGAACUCCAUCAGCGGCCAUGAUCAUGGAAGGGCUUGAAACCCUGGUGGCGCCAACGCAUCACGCAUUCCUGCUCACCGAAACGGCUGCGGCCGCCCACUUUAAUGUGCUGAGCUUCGACACCUGUCUGUUCAAGACGAGCACGGCGGCCCAGAGCAGCGGCAGUCCGUCGACGGCCACCUACCUGAGUCCCGCCCAAUUCGGGGGCAGUCAUCACGGCGGCAACAGCGCCAGCACCAGCAGCCACUCCCUGAACUCCUCCUCGACCGCAUCCUCGUCGUCCGCGUCGUCCUCGCUGCUUCACUACACCACCGCCUCGGCAGCCGCCGCUGCUGCAGCUGCCGCGUCCGCCAACAAUUCGGUGCUCCGUGCCCGCAACCAGACGGCCACGCCCACCCAGGGCGGGAGUCCGGGACACGUGGCCGUUCAGCCGAGCGCCACCGCCAGCAGCGGACGCAGCUCGGCCUCCCAUCUCAGCCUCCUGAACACCAGUGGCCAGCACAGCCCCACCUCGUCGGCCGUCGAGCAGGUGGAGGCCCACAAGCAGCUGAUCGAGGCGCUGCCGGGCGACCUGAACACGCCGGUGACCACGUCCAGCGAUAUUCCCUCGUUCUUCGGCCCCAGCACCGUGGUGGAACCACCCCCCAUUACUGGCUCCAUCGAAUCCGAGGAUCUGUCUCUGGAACCCCAGGUGAUAUCUGUGGCCAGUCCCGUGCUGUCGCAUUGCAGUCCGUUGAAGGAGGAGCGCAGCACUCCGCCAGCAUUGGCCAUUGUCAAGGAAGAAUCAAGUAAUAAUAGUUGUAAUAUGUACCCACAACACAACAACAACACCACAACAUCAUCUUCAACAACUACAACAAGUAAACAGACAACAAGCGAAAGCAACAACAGCAACACCGAGUGCGUUGGCUCGCCCGGCAACCACACACACUCACACCAACAACAGCAACAACAACAACAACCACUGCAACACAACAACACGAGCAGCAACAACAGCAAUUGCCACCACAGUCACCAACAGCAGCAGCAACAACAACAACACAUGAGCUCCCCGCAACAUCAAUACCAACAUCACCAAAUAUUACACCAACAACAACAAUUGCCAAAUCACCACCAUCAUCAUCAUCACCACCACCACCAUCACAGUCAGCUACAACUCCAACAACAACAGCAACAACAACAACAGCAGCAACACCAACAACAGCAACUGCAACACCAGCAGCACCAACAACACCACCAACAACAAUAUCAGCAACAUGCCAUUCAACACCAGCAAUCACAACAGCAGGCUAGCAAAAUCUCAUAUCGUGGCAUUUUCACCACCACAGGCAACGCGAUGAACGCAGCAGCUGCCGCAGCAGCCCAGCAGCAGCACCAGCAGCAGCAACAGCAACUUCCCUCCCCGCAACUGGGCGCCCUGGCCGGACCGAUGUCCCCGCCCUCAAAUAGUUUGGGCAACAGCUGGGGUCUUCCCAGUCCGGACAAGACCAUGUUCCAGCCGCCCCUGUUCAGCCUGCCCGCUCACUAUGCCACCAUGCAGCAGCAGCAGCAACAGCAGCAACAGCAGCAACAGCAGCAGCAACAGCAAGCCGCAGGAGCUGCUUCCUCGCCCUACGACGACGGACGAGCUGCAGCAGCAGCGGCGGCCCAGCACGCCGAGCUCUUGGGUUUGACCAUGGACUGCACACCUCUGUUGCUCAAACAACCGCCACCAACUUACGCCGGAACCUCCGCCGGAUUUCCGGGCCUGGGUGACCUGCACAGCAGCCACGAGCAGCAGUUGCAACAGCAGCAGUAUGUGCGAUCGCAGCCGAAAUACCAAUGGCUGGACUCACCAGCGGACUAUGCCCAGCAGCAGCAACAAGUGCAGCAGGUGCAGCAGGUGCAGCAGCAACAGCAGACUCUGGUGCUGCCAGGACCCACUUCAUCCGCCAGUUCCAGCAAUGCAGCUCUGGGCGUUUUGAUACCCAAGCAGGAGAACUAUCCCGAUAUGCAGCCCAGUUCGAAUGGCACGGGCUAUUCCGGAGGAUCCGGAGGCAGUUCUGCGGCAGCCGCUGCCGCCGCUGCAGCAGCCGCAGCAGUGCAACUGGCCGAGUACAGUCCAUCCACCAGCAAGGGACACGAGAUCCUGUCGCAGGUCUAUCAGCAGAGCACUGUGCCCUUGAAACUGGUGCCCGUGAAGCCGCGCAAGUAUCCCAAUCGCCCCAGCAAGACGCCCGUGCAUGAGCGACCCUACGCCUGUCCGGUGGAAAACUGCGACCGUAGGUUCUCCCGCUCCGACGAGCUCACCCGCCACAUACGCAUCCAUACGGGCCAGAAGCCCUUCCAGUGCCGCAUCUGCAUGCGCAGCUUCAGUCGCAGUGAUCACCUCACCACCCACAUUCGCACCCACACCGGCGAGAAGCCCUUCAGCUGCGACAUUUGCGGCAGGAAGUUCGCUCGAUCCGAUGAGAAGAAGCGGCACGCCAAGGUGCACUUAAAGCAGCGCAUCAAGAAGGAGAAGGUGCGCGGCGAGCAGCAGCAGCAACAGCAGCAACAGCAGCAACAGCAGCAACUGCAGCAGCAACAAGAGCAGCAUCACCUGAGCCUGCAGCAGCAUCAGCAGUACCAGCAGCAUCACCUGCUCCACUCCGCAGACUUGGCCAUAGUCACCUCCAGUGCGAGCAUGUAGAGACUAGAGAACUCGGCAUCCAGCAUUGCCAAGGCAAAGACUCCAACUCCAACUGCAGCUCCAACGCAGAAAGUUAGUCUGGCCCUGGCCCUGGAUCUCGACGAGAGCGCCUUUCCCUUCGAACUGACAUCCGACUACGGCACCCUGUCGCCGCUCACCAGUCCCCGGCAGUUCAACUACGUGUGGGUGGGCCAGGACUCCAGCCAGCCCUUCUUCUACAAGGAUAGCAGCGUCCAGGAGAAGUAGAGCAGCAAGAGUCCAGCCAGGGGCAAUCCGUCGAGAGGAGUCAAUCGCUGAUGCUGAAUAAUCACUUAGUGUAUACUGAACUGUAGUCGUAGAAACGGGGUUGUGCUAUCAGCAAAAUCUAUGCAAGACAUUAAAUAGUAGAGAAGAUACAAUAUGCUACAGUUAGCCUAGAUAAUAUCACACAUCCAAGAAUGGUCACGAUAGGAAAUCAAGGAAUCUGAAAAUCAAGAAUUUAAGAAAUCGAGCAAGCUAAACAGAGUUACUAACCAUACAAAGCCUAACUAAAGCAAAUUGAUGAUUACUAACUAUAUUCGAUGUAAUUGAAAUGGGAAAAUAUUUAACUUAUGUCUCUAAUACUGUGAUCUCAUGUGUAAUAAUUAUUAAUUUUAAUUUCUUUACAUAACUGCAAGUAACCAGUAAUAAUUUUAAAAAUUAUAAUCCUUUCGCCAUUGCCUAGCUAAUGUUCAUUUUUUAAAAAUGCUAACACAAACAAAACACACAAACACUAAUUUAUUGCAUUUUAAAAUAAUUAUACAUAUAUAUCUAUUAUAAUUAUUAACUUAUUAUCUUAAAGGUUUAGAUUUAGGUUUUAACAUUCAGAAUACACAAAAACGAACACACAAAUCUUAGCAUAUCAUAUUUUCCUCUAAGCAUUAUAAAUUGCGUAAGUUCAAAACAAAAGUUACUUUUAAUCGAAAAUCGGAAUUUUCGUGUGCUAGAAACGAGAAACUUGUUUAACGGAAACGGAAUCGAAACUUAAAAUUGAAAAUUACCCCAGUGUACUUCCUUAAUUGAUUCGAAAUCAAAAUGGCAAAUGGAAAUGAGAUGUUAUUAAACAUUAUACAUAUAUCUUGAAUACGUUUAUGUUCUAUCUACUGUAGAAAACACUUUCUUCUUAGUUUGUAAUGGUUUAUUUUAAGUUGAAUUAAU